AUGUGUGGACUGGUUACUUCUAUGACAUAUGAUGGCCUUUGGCACUUGACCUCCCUGCUCCACGCCUACCUGAUUGAGCAAAACCACUCGCUUUCCGAGCUUGGCACGACGACGUCUCGUUCGGACUUGUACGAAAUGUCCUUGGGGAAGGAUUACAUGGGCUUGACGGGGCGUGUCCGACAGUUCAACAGCAUCGAGCCGACGACCAUCCCUCCGUCCUUUGGCGAUCGCGAUGGCGUGCAGCUCAUCCGGCAGAUUACCGGCGGACCGGGCAACGCGGAUGUGGUCUGGAGCCCCUACGACACCCGGCGGGUUCCAUGCAGCACCGGCACUUGCGCAUUGGGUGCUGCUUGGGUUCCAUCGGACCGAAUUGCUCAGUGCGCCGCAGGGACCGUCUUCUCGGUGCAGCUUGGAUGUAUCGCAUGUGAGGCGGGCAAGUAUGCAUCAGCGGGGAUGCUUGAGUGUGAGCCGUGCGGUGUGGGCACGUUCACCAAUGUCUCGGGCAUGGCAGCAUGCCAUCCUUGUGCCCCGGGGAGUUUCAACAAUGUGCUAGGGGCAGAUGGAUGUGAGGAUUGCAGUCAGGGGUUCUUUGCAAACGAGUCAGAAUCCACUGGAUGCAUGCAAUGCCCGAUUGGCCGCUAUGCAGCACAGAGAGGAUUGGCAACUUGUGCCGAGUGCCCGCCUGGGCUGACUACCUUCUCUAGGGGUGCCCUCGAUUCAGAUGCUUGCCUAUGCCAGGGUGAGUUGUACGAGGGACAGUGUGUUGUCUGCACUGGCAACACCCGCUACGAGGCAGGUGCAUGCAUUCCGUGCUCCGAGGGUUUGACAUGCAACGGAGCUGGCACUGCUGUGGUGCAGAAUGGAUUCUUCACGGACACUGCCGCGCCCUUCGAUGUCUACAGAUGUCUUCCUAUCGAGUCGUGUCCCGGUGGCUUGCCCGGGACAUGUGCCGGGGGGCGUAUAGGCAUCCCCUGCACCCAGUGCCCGGCCGGCCAAGCGUGGAAUACGGAUGUUUGUGCAGAUUGCACUGCAUUCAGCCUUGGUGGUUGGCUCCUUUCCGGCAUCGUCGGCGUGGUCACCAUUCCGGCACUCUACUACAUGAUGAACAUGAAGCAAACCGCCAAGGCCACGACGAUGCUGGCCACCUCGUGUGCGCUGGCUAUGACGAUCAGCAUGCUUCAGAAC